AUGGAGGAUCCAGAGCAGAGAGUCAUGCAAGCUCUGAAGUCAGCACCGUUUGUGGUUUUUGCAAAGGAAGCGCCAAAUUCAUUGGAUGAUUUCUCCAUGGAUGAAGCUUUCACCUACUUCUACUUCAGCGAUGUGAUGCACACAUUUUCCGGACUCGACCCAUCUUUUCUGACGGUUGGCCGGAAUGCCAAGACGGACUUCCCAGAGGACUAUGAGGCUUACUUUGCCGACGAUGUGGACGUUUGCAAAAACUUUGCCUUUCCGCGUGUGAAGCUCAUCUUUGAGCCUUGGCGGCCACCCUUGCGUUGUGCCGUGCUUGCCACACGCAAGACGGCCAUGAGGUUCCAGGAUCGGCUGUACAUGUUGGGUUGCUUCGCCCCCGUCGAUGAGUUGGAAUUGGGCUUCACGGAGUUCUCCACUUUGCUUCCCUUCCCAGAAAGGGGCGACUUGCCGCAGCCGCCACCUGCGGGAUGGUACACUGCUGCGUUCGAUCAGUUGCCGAAUGCUAUGGUGAUACUUGACGAUGCUGGCGAAGUUGUAGUGCGGAACCAGCUGGCCAAUGAUUUGGGCGAGCUCCUACCGCUUGCAAUCCGGCUGGGUCAGGAGACUGUGAAAGCUACUGAUUUGGUGGACCCUGCGCGGCGCUAUUGGCACUUGCGAAAGGUGUUCCCAGGUGCCAAAAGGCCGAUGCGAAUCUGGCUGUGGCGCUUUGGCUCUCAACUGAACGCAAUGGCGCUUUGUUUGAAGCCCAUUGAGGCAGACGUGAUGGAGAGGGCCCAAGUGGCUACUGACGUGCUGUCAAAAUGA